AUGAUCUCCUUCUACAUUUUCUGUUUUUUUGCCAUCAUUAUCGCUGCAGGUGGGUCAUCUGCCUCGUCCUGCACUUCUAUCAGCCCGCAGACGCCUUUCGCUGAACUUUAUUCCAAUGUUACCGCAUACUGUAUAUUAAAUCACACCUGUUUGCUGGAAAAUAGCUACAAUAUCAAGAGUGACGAAUUGUACUGGGAGGUUGAUGUGCGGCGUAUUCCACAGAACCAGUAUACUAUCAUCAAUGAGACAACUUCCAGGGUGAUCUUCCAGCCAACCUCGACCUCUGUCAAUUUGCUGUCCUGCAAUACCGACAUACAUGGACAGAUUAAAACAACUUUGAUGGGAGCGUAUAUCAACAUAGGCUUUCCUCCUGAAAAGCCAGAGAACCUGUCCUGCAUUUGUUAUAAUAAGGACAAAUUGACAUGCACUUGGAAACGUGGAAGAGCAACAAUAAUCACCACUACAUACACCUUGAAACAGUCAUGGAAGGGAAUGGACGAGGACUAUAGCCCUGAAUUGAUGAAAUACAAGUUUAAUAGCUACCCUGCUGCUAGGGCAAGGGGGAGGAGCUCAAAUCUCUCCAAAAAUGACUAUCCUAAAAAACAGAUACCCUCGGGGUACAGGAAAGAAGAUAAACGGGCUGAUUGUGUAACAGAAAAUGACACUUGCACGUUGUACUUUCCAGAUUUUCAGUUGUUUAUUGAUACCACAUUCCAGGUGGUAGCGAAAAAUGGUCUUGGGACGGCUGAAUCUGAUGAACUUAGACUCGAUAUUAUUGACAUUUUGAAGCCCAAUCCCCCAGAAAUUGAGAAGGUGGUUUCCUUGGCUCAGCUACAGAAGGCUCUGAAGAUUGAGUGGAAGAAUCCACUUAAGGAAUCUUUGUUCCCUAUCAGAUACAACCUCAGAUACAGGAAGAAAGACAGUACAGAGUGGGAGCAGGUACCUCCAAAUGACAUAGAUAAAACCCGAAAUUCAUAUACACUGCAGGAUCUGCAACCGUAUACAAAGUAUAUCCUUUCCCUACGCUGUAAGCAACAGAACAAUAAAGGAUACUGGAGUGAUUGGAGUAAGGAGUAUGAAGCCAUGACCCCAGAAUCUGCACCCUCCCGAGCCCCAGAAUUUUGGAGGAAGACUGGUGAUCCAGAUAGUAAUGGAAACCGGACUGUUUGGUUAAUGUGGAAGGAUUUGGGGUCUUAUGCUAAUGGAGAAAUAUUGGGAUACAAUAUAACCAUUGGAACGUCUAAAAACGUCCUUUAUUCGUAUGCUUUGCCAAAACAUGAUCGGCAAUAUAAUGUCACCGUCCCAAAGGAUGCUCUUCAAGUUUCAAUCAGUGCCAAUAACAGCUAUGGUGCAUCUCCUUCAUCUUUUCUGGUUAUUCCAGAUGCCAGAAACAGAGUGACGCUCUCUUCUGAAAUUGACGUAAAGGCCUUCCCCAAAGACGGAAAGCUUUGGGUGGAGUGGACCGCACCGACUAAAAGUGUUCUAGGUUAUGUCAUAGAAUGGUGUGCAAACCCAGAUUCUCAGGAUUGUGAUAUGGAAUGGCAGCGAGAGCCAAGCACUGUCAAUGGGACAUUCUUGAGAGGUGACCUGAAGCCGCUUGUAUAUUAUAUGAUCAAAGUUUAUCCACUAUAUAAAAGUGGCUCUGAAAGACCAAGAUAUGUGGCAGCCUAUCUCCAGCAAGGAAUUCCUGAAGAAGGACCUAUGGUUCGACCCAAGUCAGUGGAGAAGACGAGAGCAGUCAUUGUAUGGGAUCCAGUUCCGUUAGAGAAACAGAAUGGUUUCAUCACCAAUUACACACUGAAAUAUGAAGCCAAAAAUGGCCCUGUAAGGACUGUCACACUUAAUUCCACUCUGACUGAGUAUGUGAUGACUACCCUGACCGGUAACACAGUAUACAGCGUCAGUGUGACGGCCAACAAUAAGAUCGGAGGGAAGGAAGGCUUAUCGUUCACGUUUUCCACCAAUAGAUUUGACACUGGAGAGGUUGAAGCAAUCGUGGUUUCCUCUUGUAUCGGUUUUUUCUAUUACUUGUGCUUGUUGGUGGGAUCCUGCUUUGUAACAAAAGAGAUCUGAUUAAAAAACACAUUUGGCCAAAUGUUCCAGAUCCCUCAAAAAGUAACAUUGCGCAAUGGUCUCCCCAAACACCUACACGGCAUGAGCCAAAAAGCCAUCCCUUCCAGGACGGUAGUUUUACUGAUGUCAGUGUUGUGGAGAUAACUGCUGAUGAGAAGUCUUCAUACAGUAAACAGGACCUGAAGUCUGUGGAUUUGAUCAAGAAGAACACAUCCGAGGGCCUUAGUAGUGGUAUUGGAGGUUCUUCCUGCCUAUCUUCCCCACAGCUGAGUAUUUCAGACACAGAUGAAGUUGAAUCUGGUCAGAAUACAUCUAGCACUGUUCAGUACUCUACAGUCAUUAUCAGCGGAUACAGAGGACAACAGCCAACUGCUGCAGCCCUACCAACUUUCUCCAGGUCUGAAUCAACUCAGCCUCUGCUAGAGUCUGAAGAGAGGCCAGAUGAGCAGCAGCCCUUAGAAGUACCAAACCAGUAUUUUAAGCAGAACUGCACUCAGGAUGAUUCUACAGGCAGGCAACAGGGCCUGCAGCAAGAGAACCUUUCUUCUCAUAUACAUGAGCAAGGUCAAAGUCCACAACUGGCUGGACUUGGCCCUGAAAUGAACCUUGAAGGUUUUAAUGCUGGGCAGAAUGUGAGUCUUGAAUGUCAGCCAGCAGAGACGGACAUUGAGAGCAUGGAGAUAAAAAGCUAUUUACCACAGACAGUGAGGCGAGGAGGCUACUUGCCCCAAUAG